AAUUUCCAACAGUUUAGUGGCACGGGAGAAACAGGAAACACGAGUAACAAUAUUUUCUUUGAAGGAACAUAUGUAUCAAACCCUUUCGCCCCGUCGAUUGAGAAUGGAUUCCAGGAGAUGGAAACAUUACAAAGUAACAUAUUUGGUAGCCAAGUGAAAGACGAUGACUCUUUUACACGAGAGAAUAACCGUUCAGAUGAUUCUGAUCCGAAUGAUGAUGAAGAAGAUGCAGCAAAGUAUGGUAGAAGAACAGGAAAGGGACCUCAAUGCAAAAACCUCAUGGCUGAGAGGAAGAGAAGAAAGAAGCUUAAUGAUAGGCUCUAUACUCUUCGAGCCUUAGUCCCUAAAAUUUCAAAGUUGGAUAGAGCUUCUAUACUCGGAGACGCAAUUGAUUAUGUAAAGGAGCUGCAGAAACAAGUGAAAGAACUCCAAAUUGAGCUUGAAGGACAUUCAGAUGAUGAGGACGCAAGGAAAACAUCAGGAACAAACAGUAAUGACAACAAUGUCCAACCAGGUGUUACGUACCAAGCUGGAAUGAAACGUGCUGCUAAAUACGAACAGGAGAAGUAUUUGAAAGUUUCUCACAGGGGACCAUCUGCCAAUGUUGGCAUUAACAUCUCGAAACAGGAACACGAUUCAGAAAAUACGAAUGAGAAGCUGCAGCUGCAAAUGGAGCCACAAGUGGAAGUCUUCCAACUAGAUGGGAAUGAGUUAUUUGUGAAGAUAUUCUGUGAGCACAAGUCAAAUGGAUUUGUGAACUUGUUGGAGGCUUUGAAUUCUUUGGGCUUGGAAAUAACUGAUGUGAACACAACUAGACAUACAUGUCUGGUUUCAAACAUCUUCAAAGUAGAGAAAAGGGAUAGUGAAACAAUUCAAGCCAAUCAUGUCAGAGAGUCGUUACUUGAGUUAACACGAAAUCCUUCCAGAAUCUGGGCUGAGAUAGAGAAAACAUUGGAGAAUGGCAACAUAGAUCAUGAUUAUCACCACCGCCAUCUUCACCACGACUACAGCGACCACUCCCUCCUGCAUAACCAUGACCCCCAAAUGAAUCCUCAUCCAGUGCAGCGCCUCCACCACUAAGUAAUAAUUUGGGGGCUGCUUCUUUUUCUCGUUUUCUACGUAUAAAGCAGGUAAAAGACCUGAAAAUUUGUUCCACAAUAAGAUGAGACUGCUUGAACUCA